AAAGAAAACUUUGCUGAGGCAAGGUGGCUGGAAAGGAAAGGAUUGGCUUUUAUACAGUUUUUAUCCUAAAAGAUAUUCAUUUAACUCAUUUAUGGAAUACACCAUUUUUGUGCUUGGCUGAAGGGUCGAUUACCCCAUUCAACCUUUUCUGAAUUUCCCCUGAAUAGACUUUACUGGACCUAAUUGUCUUUCCUGGAGGGAUAGCAUUGGACCUGAUUGAAGACUGCUUUCAUGUGUCAGCAGCAUUGACAGCUUGGACAGUGGCUGAUGCUUUUUGCUCUGGGGAAUAGUUUGCCGUCUUGCAUGGACUAUUUAAGGCACCUGAAAGAAAACACAGUUUUUAUGACUAAUAUUUCUUUCACAGACACUUGGAGCUGAUUAUUUACAAUUUUCCAAAAGAUAAACAAAACAACUUGGUUUUAAAUAAGACUUUUUUUUUUAGUACUUUAAAAAAGCUCAAUUAAAUGUUGGUUUAGGUCAAUUGUUGUCUUAGUAGAAUAUGCAAAAGAUCAUCAGAAGCUGUUGCAGCUGCAGAAGCACAAGCCUCUUGUGCAUUUUGUGGCUGCUAACAUUGUAUAUGGCCUCCAAAAGCCACGGCCAGGACCUGAGCGAGGCAGAUGGAAGGCAGCCGGCGGCCAGUGCUCAGAUGGCGGAAAAAGACGCUGUCUGUUACCAGGGGGGUUGCUAUGCCGUUUUCCUCCAAAAGAGAGUCUUCAGAGAUGCGGGGCGGAGCUGUCGGGAGCGAGGUGGGACCCUGGCAACGAUGCACAACCAAGAAGAAGCGGGUGUGGUCCAUGAGCUGCUGAACGCCAUGGAAGCACAGGGGUCUAGGCCGAGGCUUAAGCUCUGGAUUGGUCUUCACAGACUCCCACGCCAGUGUUCAGCUAUUCGACCUCUCAGAGGAUUCGUCUGGGUCAAAGGAGAUCAGGAUGGUCAGUUCACUAACUGGUUACGUGAAGAAAGCAGCGGGACAUGCGCAGCCCAUCGCUGUGUGGCCAUGAACGUCAAUUCACAUGAGAGAGGAAAAGAUGGCAAAGAUAACUUCCGGUGGAUUGAUGGCUCCUGUACAGUGCCUGUGGAUGGAUUCGUCUGCCAGUUCAACUACAGAGGGAUGUGUUCCCCUCUGGAAGCUGAGGGUAGCAGUUUGGCUGUUUACACCACACCGUUUGGGCUUGAAAGCACAAUCUUGACCCAUGUACCCCAUGGGUCUGUAGCCACCAUUCCAUGCUCUGCAGUCGGCUCAAACCCACAUGCUCCUGCUGAUGAGGAAGUGCUUUGUAUUGAAAGAGAUGACAUGACAGUGAGCUGGAACAAGGAUGGCUCAGUCUGCCUAUCCAGCACAGAAGCAAUUAGCCAGGACAUGUGUAGCUACGAUCAUGGAUGUGAGCAUUACUGCGAGACCACAGACACAUCUUACAAUUGUUACUGCUCUGAGGGUUUUGUGUUAAAUGAAGAUGGCUACAGCUGCAUCCCUGACCCGGUGAAAGAACUCUCGUCUUACUCGACCAGCCCCACUCAUCAGCCCCAUAUCAAAGAGGUUUGUUUGGAAACGGGGUGCGAGUACGACUGCAGAGAAACCCCUCGGGGCGUCAGAUGCACGUGCCCCAACGGCUUCCAAAUAAGCCCAGAUGGGCGCAAGUGCUCAGAUGUGGAUGAAUGCUUACAGCAACCGUGUUCCCAACUUUGUGUCAACAUUCCAGCCACCUUUCACUGCACCUGUCACCAGGGGUAUCAGCAGGAUGAUGACGGCGAGUGCAUAGAUGUUGAUGAGUGUCUUGACGAAAGCACCUGUGAUUACAAGUGUGAAAACACUGUGGGGUCUUUCAAAUGCCACUGUCCACUUGGUUAUGAGCUGAAUAGCGUGGAGGAAUGUGCAGACGUGGACGAGUGUGCACAGGGCUCACCAUGUCAACAAACGUGCCUCAACUAUGCAGGGGGGUACAGCUGUGACUGUGUCAAAGGCUUUGUCCUUCAGUCAGAUGGAACCACGUGCCACCCUUAUAAUUCUGAUGGGGAAUAUUCCACCCUGACCCCUGACCCCAGUGACUCCACUGAUCCGGAUUUUGCUUGGUCUUCUGUGUUCACCACUGACUCCAACUUUGAAGCUGACAGCAACUUUAAUGUUGAGUGGCUGACAGAAACAACAAAAGUCCUUUCACCUGAUAUGGUUCAUGGGGCAGAUAAUCACCUGAGUCAAUGGAAUGAUCUCCUGCCCGGUGAAUAUCAGACAUCGCCAUCGCCAACACAAAAAGACAGGAGAGACAAUGAAAUUCAGCGUGAUGAAAACAGAGAAAGUAAAGAACCCGAUGAUGUGCUAGGGGCUAAAACCGGAAAAGGCGCACCUGAUGUGACAGGGGAGGUUGAGAACAAUACACAUGGCAGUACAGGGUAUACAAAUAGCACAGCAGAUUUUGGACCUGAAUCUGCUGCAGGCAAACUGAAACAUGACAAGGGUUGGCUGCUUGUGGCCCUGCUGGUGCCUUUGUGUGUGUUUCUUGUUGUGAUGCUUGCUCUAGGGAUUGUCUACUGCACCAGCUGUGCUGUGGAUAAGAGCCUCAGCUUUUCAGACUGUUAUCGCUGGGUACUUCCCACAACCCCCCCAACAGGAAGAGACGAAAAAAAUCAAGCAUGAAAAAAACAAAACAAAAUGGGUUUAGAUCACUGUUUCCUUGGCAGUAAAGGACUUGUAACUGCAUCAAGAAUUUGGAUUUCUGAAACGCUUACUUCCUCUAAUACUUCCUGCUGCACAGCCAUUGUAAAUAACUCACUCUCAUCUUGUUGUUGAAGUUCAAUAAAGUCAUCAGUAUUGAAAAA